GUAGAAUGUGCGCGACGGAAGUGAGGUUAAACGCAGCUUCCGGAAAACCAACGUGUGAAGAAAAGUCACAUGUGCGCAAGUCCAUUUUUUACUUAAAUUCUUUGAGACGUUUUAGAGAAGAAGAACACUGUAGGUGUCAAGCAUGGGCAGGAAGUUGGAUCCCACCAAUAAGGUGAAAAGAGGACCUGGACGCAAGUCUAGGAAACAGAAAGGAGCUGAGACUGAGCUGACCAAGUUUUUGGUGGAUGAUGAUGAUCCAAAGAGACUGUCAAGCAGAGCAAGAAAACGUGCUGUAAAGAGAGCUCAAGUCCCCAAAGAAUCCAAAAAAGAGGAAAAGCCCAAAAAAGGAUUCUCAGAUGAGAAUAGUGAAUGGCUGAAACCUGCACAGAGAAAACGAAAGAUUGAUCAAUCAGAAAAUGAUGAAGACAGCGACAGCAACUGGGAAAAUGAGGAGGAUGAUGAUGAAGAGGGCCCUGACAAAAAACAAAUGGAGGAUGUAGAUGAUGAUGAUGAUGAUGAUGAUGAUAUGGUUGAUGAUUAUGGUGCUGAUGAAGGGGAUGAGGAGAAAGAAAAGGAUAAAGAAGACAGUGAUGGAGAAGAGCUUCUGCCUAUAGAGAGAGCUGCCAGAAAACAGAAAAAACAAAAGCAAACCAUGAAACCAGAGAGUGAUGAGGAGGAUGAUGAAGAUGAUGAAGAGGAGGAAAUGAGUGAUGAAGAACUAAAGGAGGAGGAGGAAGAAGAGGAGGAUACCAUUCAGGCAAACAUUCAUGAGAUGGACAAAUUCAGACUGCCUGCUGCAGCAGAUAGAGAAAAGGAGGGUCUGCUACCUAUGGACCUGCAUGGCAUCCAUCAGAGGAUCAAAGAUAAUGUUGAUGUGUUGUCUCACUUCAGAGAGAAGAGAGAGGAGGGAAAGGAGAGAUCAGAGUAUCUCUCUCUGCUGCGCUCUGACCUCUGCACCUAUUACAGCUACAACCAGUUCCUUAUUGGCAAACUCAUGGACCUCUUCUCUGUCUCAGAGCUGAUUGAUUUUCUCGAGGCCAAUGAAAUUCAGAGGCCGGUUACCAUCAGAACCAACACCCUAAAAACCAGGAGGAGAGACUUGGCUCAGGCUCUGAUUAACCGAGGAGUGAACCUGGAUCCAAUAGGGAAAUGGUCCAAAGUGGGACUGGUUAUCUAUGACUCUUCUGUUCCCAUAGGAGCAACUCCAGAAUAUUUAGCAGGUCAUUACAUGCUGCAAGGUGCAUCGUCCCUGCUGCCUGUAAUGGCACUUGCUCCCCAGGAGGGGGAGUCAGUGCUAGACAUGUGUUCUGCUCCAGGAGGCAAAACCACAUAUAUAGCUCAGUUAAUGAGGAACACAGGUGUGAUUGUGGCUAAUGAUGCAAAUGCAGACAGACUGAAGAGUGUGGUGGGAAACCUCCAUCGUCUCGGUGUCACCAAUGCUGUGAUCUGCAACUAUGAUGGCAGACAAUUCCCAAAGGUAAUGGGAGGUUUUGACAGAGUGUUAUUAGAUGCACCCUGCUCAGGUACGGGAGUCAUCUCCAGAGAUCCAGCUGUGAAAACUGGCAAGGAUGAGUCUGAUAUUCUUCGCUCAGCUCACCUGCAGAAAGAGCUCAUUCUGUCUGCCAUUGACUCUGUAAAUGCAGAGUCUCCAACUGGUGGAUUCCUCGUUUACUGCACCUGCUCAGUUAUGGUGGAAGAGAAUGAGUGGGUGGUGGACUAUGCUCUGAAGAAGAGAAAUGUAAAGCUGGUCCCCACAGCACUGGACUUUGGCAAGGAGGGAUUCACCAGAUUCAGAGAGCGACGUUUUCAUCCCUCUCUCAAACUUUCUCGCCGAUUCUAUCCUCACUCCCACAACAUGGAUGGAUUUUUUGUUGCCAAGCUGAAGAAGUUCUCAAACACAAUCCCCACUGCACCAAAAGAAGCAGAGAAUGAAGUAGAAUCUACAAAAAUGGAAACAGCAGCCUCAUCAGUGAAGAUCCAAAAGUCUAAAUCUAUGGAGCAGAAGCCCACUUUAACUGUGGCGAAAACCCCCUCAAGCAAAAAGCAGAAAUUAAAACAGAAAAAAGCUAAGCUGCCCAUCAUGGAGAAAAAGACUGGCAUAAAAUCAGACAGUAAAAAAUCUGAUGGCCCCAAAAAGGCCAAAAUUGCCAAGUUUGAGGGAGAAGCAUCAAAGAGUGAGAAAUUCAACAAAAAGCAAGUCAAAGAAGUGAACGGAGAUGCAAAGAAAAAGGUAGUGGAGGAGAAGGAAGGAGGGAGCCAAUUUGAGAAGAAGAAAAACCAAACGAAAAAGAAGAACAGGAUCGGGAAAAACCAAUUUAAGAAGUUAAAGAAAAUGCAUGGACAACAGGAGAGUGGACACUGAAAUUCAGUCACAUUUCAAAGUUAAAUGACUCUGCCUAUGUCUCUGUCAAUGAUUUGACUGGACAGCAAAGUUAAACCAACCCCACACUGCUGUUGAGGACACCAAGAUCUCGAGACCACAGUCAUCCUUUAGAAACUUACACAGAUUGCUCUGAAGACUUUUGUAAACCUUUUAACUUUACUUAGAGGUUUACCUUAAUGUUCUGGUUAUAAAUUUUAUAAAUGUGUACUUCAUUGUCCAUUUUAUGUAUUUUGUCUUGGAAAAGAAACAUUUAACUGAAAUAUUGCAUAGGAAUGGAAGUAAACCGUCUGUUUUGAUGUUUCUUUUUGCUCACACUGAUUAAAAAAUAAGUUUCAAAAGAGA